AUGUCGGGGAAAAAGGGCGAGUCCGGCGCUGCAGGGGAGGCGUCUUCGGGCGCUCCCGCUGCUGCUGCUGCUGCGGGGGGCGCAGCAGCAGCCGCGGCGCUCGGCCCGCAGACCCGCGAAGACGAACUCGUCUUCGGCGUGGCCCACAUCUACGCCAGCUUCAACGACACCUUCAUCCACGUCACCGACCUCUCCGGCCGCGAGACUCUCGUGCGCGUCACCGGCGGCAUGAAGGUCAAGGCUGACCGCGACGAGUCUUCGCCCUACGCGGCCAUGAUGGCUGCGGGCGACGUCGCCGCCAGGUGCAAGGAGUUGGGCAUCACAGCGGUCCACGUGCGCGUGCGCGCCACCGGCGGCACCAAGAGCAAGACCCCGGGGCCCGGCGCCCAGUCCGCGCUCAGGGCACUGGCGCGCUCCGGCCUACGCAUUGGCCGCAUUGAGGACGUGACGCCGAUUCCCACAGACAGCACCCGCAGAAAGUCCGGCAGAAGGGGCCGCAGGCUGUGA